GAUACCGCGGAGUGUCUUGUAAUCAUUAAUGAUAUUAAGCAAGACGAUGAUGGAUGAUCAACCCCCUAGUGAACCCCCUAAAGGGUGAGUUAUCAAGACUGGUAGACAAAAAAAAUUUAAAGGAACGUGCAAUGUGAAACGUGUCGUAAGACCACACGCAAUAAGGUGCCAUUAAGGCGAAACACAAGGUUUACCCAGGAAAAAAGAUGCAGGAUGUUUUUUCCUCUAUCGAAAUUGAUGUGGUGAGCAAAAGAUUCCGUGUUGACAUGACGUGUUUCACAGUCCCGUGACUUGUACGACAAAUGACAUCAGAUGACGUGCAGGAAAUGUGGGCGGGACAAGGGCGAGAGGUUGAGUAAUGUCACUUUCAAGAUUUGGAUACACAAGUAAAUUUACUUUCGUUAGGGGCCUAUUAUCUUAAAAUAUAAUCCGCUGGGAUUUCUUGUCGGUCGCGACAAAUGAUUCCAAACAGACUCAUCGAACGUUUACAAGUUUCAUUUGCUAUCAUGUCCGGUGCAGAAAGCGAAGUAUUCAUUUGUUUAAUCACGGAUUAAAUUCAUUGCUCGAUUUCUUUCUCUUUUAACUCAUUGUCCGGUCUUCACGUAAAGACGUUCGAUUUACAUGACCCUCUGACAACUAGCGUGACGUACAAGUACGUGUUACACGAUGGCUGUUGAGCACAGAUGUAAACCAAUCAAAAUGCAUGUUCUAAUCGAGCCACCUCCAGUCCUCCCAAUGACCUUUGGACUAGAUUCUACAGAAAGCUUUUCAGUGGACAAGCGUUCCCUUGGAAAAUUACCGGCAAGCACGUUAGAAUAAUUGUAGCGUAACCUGUAUGUAUUUAUUUCUGAUCAAAGUCGAAGAUGUCAUUUACAUCAGCUAUCUCACGAAUUUCGUCGAUAGCUGUUCUGCCGUCAGUUCGUUUUACAUUACGUUAUCGCAUCGCCCUUCGAAGGAUGGUUUCACAGCUUCCAGCCGGUUGUUCGGUGAUUCGAGGACAGUUUGACUCUCUACCCACUAAAGUACAGGAAUACGUGGCUGACAAAGCUGAACUCUGCCAACCGGACAACAUUUACAUUUGCGAUGGGUCCAAGGAAGAGAACGAAUCAUUAAUAAACGAGUUGAUCGAAAGUGGUGUGUUGACUAAACUUCAUAAAUAUGACAACUGUUUCUUAGCCCGCACUGAUCCACGCGAUGUGGCACGAGUGGAAUCUAAAACGUACAUCUGUACAGAGGACAAAGGAGAAUCCAUCCCAACAGCAAAGGAUGGAGUUGAAGGCCGGCUGGGUAAAUGGAUGAGCGUAAAGGAUAUGAACAAGGAGUUGAGUAAAAGAUUUCCUGGUUGUAUGAAAGGCCGUACCAUGUAUGUCAUGGCAUUCAGUAUGGGUCCAGUUGGGUCUCCUGUGUCUAAGAUUGGUAUCCAAGUCACAGACUCUCCUUAUGUGGUCUGUUCCAUGCGCAUCAUGACUAGGAUGGGUGCAGAGGUUAUGAAAGUUCUGGGAAACAAUGGCUUUGUGAAGUGUCUACACUCAGUUGGUUUGCCUAAACCUGAACCACCAUCCCAGUUCAAGUGGCCUUGUAAUCCAGAUAGAACCAUUAUCUCUCACUUUCCUCAUGAUCGUGAAAUCAAAUCAUUUGGAAGCGGUUAUGGAGGAAAUUCUCUGUUGGGAAAGAAAUGCUUUGCUCUACGGAUUGCCAGCACAAUUGGUCGUGACGAAGGAUGGUUGGCAGAACACAUGCUGGUUGUUGCUCUCACAAACCCCCAGGGUGAAAAGAAAUACAUUGCUGCAGCCUUCCCAAGUGCCUGUGGAAAGACCAAUUUGGCCAUGAUGACACCAACAUUGCCAGGUUGGAAGGUUGAAUGCAUUGGGGAUGACAUUGCCUGGAUGUGGUUUGAUGAGGAAGGUCAACUGAGAGCUAUUAAUCCUGAAUUUGGCUUCUUUGGAGUUGCACCAGGAACAUCGAACAAGACCAACCCAGUUGCUAUGGAUACAUGCAAAAAGGGAACAUUGUUCACGAAUGUUGCACAAACAGGCGAUGGUGACUUUUAUUGGGAAGGUUUGCCGCUACCAGAUGCAGAUGUAACUACUUGGCUUGGAGAGAAAAAUUGGAAGCCUGGAAAAACUAAGGCAGCACAUCCUAAUUCCAGAUUCUGUGCACCAAUAAGCAAUUGUCCAAUCAUGGACAAAGACUGGGAAAAUCCCAAGGGUGUUCCCAUCAGUGCUAUACUGUUUGGUGGCCGACGCCCAAGAGGAGUUCCUCUGGUGUAUGAAGCCUUUAAUUGGCAGCAUGGGGUUUUCAUUGCUUCAUCCAUGUCCUCUGAAGCCACUGCUGCUGCUGAACAUCAGGGAAAAAAUAUCAUGAGAGAUCCUUUUGCUAUGAGGCCUUUCUUUGGGUACAAUUUUGGCAAGUACAUGGAGCACUGGUUAAGUAUGGGAAACAAUCCAAAUCACAAGUUACCAAGAAUUUUUCAUGUAAACUGGUUCCGUCUUGAUGAAAAUAACAAGUUUUUAUGGCCAGGAUUUGGAGAGAACAGUCGUGUGCUAGAGUGGGUGCUGCGACGUUGUGAUGGAGAGGACAUUGCCGAGCCUAGCCCAAUUGGCUUCAUACCCAAGAAUGAUUCGAUUAAUGCUGAAGGUCUUGGAGAACUGAACAUGAAGGAGCUGUUCAGUAUUCCCAAGAACUAUUGGUUGGAAGAGUGCCGCUCCCUGCGACAAUACUAUGAAGAGCAGUUAGGGGAUGACUUACCAAAUGCUGUUGGAGAUGAGCUAAAUGCUCUUGAAGAAAGGCUUAAGCAGUAAUCAAUAGUUCCAUGUAAUUACAUACUGUUAGCUACAUUUGUUUUAUUUAUACCACUCGUACAUCAAUUGAUUGGUUGUAUGCGGUAAAGGAAAUUGAUUUACUGAGCUACUAGUAAUUUAACUAUAAG